CAACGACGCUCGGCCACGCACGUAGUAAACACGUGCGCGCGCGCCACGAAUCAGACGAGACGAGACGCGACAAAACGAGAUAUGGUAUACAAGUAUACAAGUAGUAAGUGAACUAAAUGUGUACUAUUUGCCGUAAGCGUGACAAGCAAAUCUAUCGAUCGACUCAGCCGUGCUUGUUGCUCCUGAUGUAAAUCGGGGAAUCUCUCAUCCCUGAUCUUCAUCGACGAUCAGAGUAGCAGAUCCAGUGCAUCCGGUCUCGCAUUGCGGCGUACACGAAUUUCGGACGGGUGUGAAAGCAUAGAAGUGUGCAGAAUUAGAUCGGCGAAAAUAUGGCUAAAUUCACCAAGCGGCAAUGGCUCACCCUGAUCGUCAUCAGUAUCGCUGAUUUCGCAAAUGCCAUCUGCGUCUCGUUGCAAGCACCGUUCUACCCUCAAGAGGCCGAGAAAAAAGGGGCGUCGCCAUCGGAAUAUGGACUAGUCUUUGGGAUUUUCGAGCUAGUAGUCUUUAUUAUUAGUCCGUUUUACGGACAGCAUCUCAAUCGAAUCGGUCCAAAGUAUCUGUUUAAUGGCGGUAUCCUGACUACAGGAACCUGCGCGAUAUUCUUCGGUUUAUUGGACAAAGUCGAUGGUCAUUAUCCUUUCAUAAUCCUGUCCUUUGUGAUCAGGAUUGUGGAGGCAAUGGGAAAUGCUGCAUUUCUGACAGCCAGCUUUGCUAUUAUCGCCAAAGAGUUUCCCAACAAUGUUGCCACGACAUUCGCCAGUUUGGAAACUUUCUUCGGUUUGGGUCUUAUCGUAGGUCCCACUGUUGGAGGUGCACUUUAUCAGAUAGGUGGAUAUACCACACCAUUCGCGGUCCUUGGCUCAGCGUUGUUCGUGGCAGCUGUCAGCACUGCAUUCAUUCUACCCGUGCACAACGAUAGUGAUAAUGAUGCAAACAACACCGGAGGAGUAAUGAAAGUCUUGAAAAUUCCCGGCGUACUGAUCGCCUCCAUGUCGAUAAUCGCGACGAGCAUGAGCAUCGGAUUUUUGCAAGCAACACUGGAACCGCAUCUAAGGCAAUUCAGCUUAAGCCCAGUUGUGCUGGGACUAAUGUUUGUCAUUAAUGGUGGCACUUACGCGAUAACUGCACCAGCAUGGGGCUGGCUUUGCGACAAUUACUGGCAUCCAAAGGUAGCAACCGUUGCCGGCUGCUUUCUCGUAAUGAUUGGUUUCUCGCUGGUCGGACCAGCACCGUUCAUUCCAACGCCCACCAUAAUCUGGAUGCCUAUCAGCGGCCUUGUGAUCCACGGCUUAGGCAUGGCUGCUCAACUGGUUGCAAGCUUCACAGAUGCCUUGAGGACAUCUGUAUUGUUUGGAUUUCCGAAUAAUCUUGAAACUUACGGUCUCAUCAGCGGAUUGUGGACAAGUACCUUUGCCCUUGGAGCUUUCAUCGGUCCUAGCGUCGCAGGAAUUCUGCUGGACAAUAUCGGUUUCAGGAAUGGCACUAUGUUCAUCAUAUUACUUCAUAUGCUAGUGGGCGUAAUAGCCGCAGUGUUUCUUAGCAGUUGCACUCGCGCGCCAAAGCCAUACACCGAUGUCGGCGCGGUCGAAGAUCUCAGGGCGCCACUGGUGGAAAACGAUCGAUUAAGCAGCAGCAGUCUGCAUCAGAACGGACGAGGCCAGGGUGUGCCGAUCGACAGAACUGGCGGCAUGAAUUCGCUGAUCGUGUGUAACAGUUAUUCGAAUAGAGCCGGUGCGUGGUCCAGGGCGUCGUAUAGCGGCCGCUACUCCCACAGUUACGGCUCCAUAGAGAAUAAACGUUACCUAGAGCUCACCACGUGAUAACGUUCAGCGUCAUGUCCAGGAACGGCAACAAGAGCGCAAUGCAAGAUUCUGUGCUCUAUUCAUCAUCGUUUAUUUUCUAGCUGUCUUUAAGAUUAUUCGUGAUCCACUACUCGAGCGGAAACACAAUAGACUGCUUCUUAUACAAAAAGGAAUAUCGGCCAAAAGUUAAUAAUGUCUCAAGAGAGCAAUUUUAAUAAGCGAAUAAUUAUUCGCUUUACCAGUAAACUAACGACAAUCAAAUUUAGACUUAACCCUCCGUGGUCAAACAGAGAAUUUAAAGACCCAAGCAAAUUUUCAAUUUUUAAUUAUUUUGUCUCAAAUUCGGACACGUACAAAAAAAAAGUAAAAAACGGUUGAGUCAAACAAUUGUGAAAUUAUAUUCUGGAAUGUUGCAAAAGUAUUGGGAUUUUAACUGGCCGGCUCAACAAGAAUAUUUCACGUCUACGAUAAUACUACAUACUCAUGUUUAAGAGUGUAGUAUGAACAUAGACGUGGAAUAUCCUUAUUGAGGCGACCAUAAUAGUUAAAAUCCCAAUUGCAAGAGUGUAUCAGAAUAUUUUCAGAUCUUUUAGAGCCCAAAAACACGUUUAAAAACGCUAUCAGGCACUGACCCGGUUAAACUAGGAAAAAAGCGAAAAAAAAAACGUUGAACCACGGAGGGUUAACUUAAAAUUAAUAUGUCCGUCAUAAAAUAUAUAUGGUAAUUGUAAUACUUUCAUAUAGCUUGUUAAACUGAUAAUAAUAUCGCGAUGAAAGAUAUAAAGUGACGUUAACAAUAAAAAAAUAAAUUUUAAGCACAUCUAUUUGCACGUCGUAAUUAGAAUUAAUGUUAUCUACGUCACUAGAGAUAACGCAUUUUAUGUAACAUAUACAGAAUGUUCCAAAAUACGCGAAUCAAAAUAUUAAAGCAAGAAAGUUCUUGAAACAUUAAGUAAAAAAAUAAUUAUUUGUAGAUUUUUAUAUAUAAGAAGUGGUACUUGCUUUGGCAGUACAUAUACUAAAAUAUACAAAAAGUAGUUUUUGAGAUAUAAAGGCAAGUUGAUCAAUCAGAAAUUACGUUUAGAUGUUUAUUAAUAUUGCUAGUGCUGCCACAGCGUUAGUAUUGGUAAUUCACGAACAUGCGACUGUCUAAACGUAAUUUGUGAUUAGCCAGCUUUAAAUCUUUAUACCUCAGAAACUGCUUCUGAAAGUAAAUAACUACAAGUAGCUUUUUACUUAAUUUUUCGAGAAAUUUCUUGCUAUAUUUUGAUUCGUGAAUUUCGGAACACCCAGUAUAUAAAAAUUGUCUGAUGCAAUUUAAUGGAUUACAACUGUGCUAAGUUAUAUUGAGUUAUUAUCAUAAUGAGGUAGGAUUAACAAUAAUAAUUAUUGUAAUGAUAAUUAUAAAAAAAUCGCGAAAAGCAAUGGCUUAACCUAUUAGCUCUUAAAUACGUAAGCUUCUUUCUCCCGCUGUUUCCGCGCUAUCUUAACUUUUUAAUCUUAAAGUAAGUUUUACAAUACGAAAAGAUUAUAAAAAUAUUUUUUACUUAUACAGUACUAAUUAGAUCGACAGACGUAUGUAACUUGUAAUUAAACCUAAGUGCAAUUCGUAUGAUACGUAAAUCGAUUUUUCUGUACACACUUGAUAUCUUCCUACAUCUAAGAUUUUGAAGGUUGCAUAUCUGCAUUAGAAGUUGAAACGACUCGAAAUCUCGAAAGAUUGCAGGGAGUCAAAUGAGACGUACGCUGAUGCAUCGCUUCAAGCAGUAUUCGCAGAGCGCAUUAUUACCGAUCGCUUUAUCACGGUUUAUUUAACGGACUCACGCUACCGUACCCUUUCUGUUAAGCUCGAUUCGUCUUCGAGAUACUUCCGUUACUAUUACUAUUGGAAUGAUAACGUCUACACACACACACUCGAGCAGAAGUCGGGUCCCAUUAUUCACAAAGUCUGCACAUUGCAAGUAGCACCUGCAAGCACUAUCAAGUCUUUUUUUUGCGAUACACUUGUUAAAUUUUAAAUUCCUCGUUCGCAACAUACAACAUUAACGACAUAGCUUAUAAUGAAUGGCGUUAAAUUCUUAAAAGAGGAAUAUCUUUAUGGCAUCACACAUCACGACCGGUCUACGUAAUAAAGCUAAUAAAGAUUCUUCGUUUUAUAUGAUAUUAAUUUUAACAGCGCAGAGUGUGACGUAACUAUCCCGCUAUAAAAUUAACUGUUGCAAUGUAAGCUGACAUCGAACACUUUGCUAUAAUACUUAAAGGCAGCAUCAAGCAAGUCGGGAAACGUGGCUGUUAUUCGAUUGAUGGAGCUCGAAUCUGGAAUUAUGCGAUUAUGCCGUUGCACAAACCUGUACUUGCAACGGCAUAAUUCUAGGUUCGUGCGGCAACGGAAAAGGCAACGGACGUCGUGGGUGUUAAUGGUGUCGUCGAUAUCACGUGCAAAUGACUUUCGUAACAAGCUCGCUGAGUAAUAAUUAGCAAUCACUAUACUGCAACUGUUCACACGAAAGAGAAUCAAGGAAACUAAAUAAUGAAAUUGUACAUACACCGUUUUAAUUGUCACUGCUAUUCUUUCACUGCUAAAUAAUUGUCACUCGCGCGUCAUGUUUGUAUGUCCUGCGUGUGCGUGUGUAUGCGAGGUAUUUUUUAUUAUAUAAUUCAUAGUAAUAUAACGUUGUACAUGAAAAUAAAGUAAUAGAGGAUAAAAUACGUAUACAUCAGCAAUUGUAACAUUACGAGUCUGUAAUAAAAAUGUUUUUAUUUAA